UCAUAUCCAUUGGUACCUUAUAUUUCAAAAAAUUCAUUGAUAUGGAUAGGGCUAGUAUCCAUUUCAAUGGAUACAGGAGAUUUGUUAGAAUGCUGGCUGAAGUUGAUCUCUGCGAACCGGUUCCGAUGGGGUUCGACUUUCCAUCUACUGAUGAAGCCACGGGAAGAGAUUACUGUGAAGUGAUUUCAUUUAAAUAUGAGGCUGGUUGAGCUGUGUUAUUUAUGUGGGCGAAUUGGUCACAACUGGCCGUCGUGUUCAAGAAUGAAGGAAGAAAGAAAGAAGGGAGGACGUGUCCAGCUGUCGGAGAUCUACACCUCGGAGCUCAAAGCGGGGAUUGAGUCUCCCUACAGAUCGAGCGGAAGCAGGGGCCGUUCAGAAGAAGAAGAACCAAGAUAUCCCAGCUCCGACCCUGAUUCUUGGAGGAAACAUUAUAGCUCUGGUGACUCUUCUUUUUGCAGGGUAGAAACAGAGGGAGCAGAGCUCGCCGAGACAGGAGAGGCGGGCGGAAAUCAUCCCCUGAUUCCACCGGGUUUCACCAUCCGGCGAUUGGAGGAGGAGGCUAGGGGUGAGGAGAGGAACAAUAUUGGGAGACUGAAAGGAAGGUACAGGGAGGCGAUAGGGGCGAGGGACCUAACGGUGGAUAUGAAGUCGGCGGCGGCUGCGUUACAGGGGAGUCUGAGGAUCGAUGGGAAUGAAGGGAGCCGCGGUCAGAUUGACAAGAGUCACCAGAUGGGCAACCAACUUUCCCUCGGGCCUAGCUUCUCCAAUGUUCAAGCCCAAUGGAACCCCAAUCUGGAGCCAGACCAAACAAACUUACACAUCCAGAGCCCAUAUCAACAUAACCAGGAAGAGUUGGAGGGAGAAGUGGGCCGAACAUUAAAGAAAAGAAAAGGGCUGUCUUUCAUAAGCCCAAUAGGGGCUGAACAUGGGUUUAAUGAAGGGGCAGGCUUCAUUUUGAGCCCAACCAGUUCUGGGUUUGCUGAAGGGGUGAGUGGAAGAGGAAAUAAGAAGAAACAACACAAGUAUAAAGCCCACAAGAAUAAUGAAGGCACUCGUGAGGAAGAAGAAAGUGUCACAACGGCAGCGGUGGUUCGCCAUAAGCCACCUCACAUCCCAUGAGUAUUGUAAGUUGGAAUUGUAGGGGAUUUGGCCAAUCCCCUACGAGAAGCUAUGCAAAACGUCUUAUACGACGUCAUGGCCCUUUAUUGUCUUUUUGAUGGAAACAAGCAAGGAUGAAGCUUUCAUGGAAGAGCAAAGAAGAAGUUUAAAAAUUUACCCUAAUAAGGAGUAUGUUGAACCGGUUAACUCGUCUAGGGGCUUUGUGUUAUGGUGGAAGGAGGGAAUUAGUAUUAAUGUACUUAGUAGUGAUAAGUAUUAUAUGGAUGUUAGUAUUGAUAUGGGGAAAAAGUUCUUUUGUACUUUUGUUCAUGCCCCAACCACUGCUGUAAGUAGGAGGGAUUUCUGGGAGCACUUGAGUACCCUUCGGACUAGUAGGGAUGACAACUGGGUCAUUGUUGGGGAUUUUAAUGCUGCUAUCUAUGAAAAUGAAAAGGAAGGGAGAUGCCCGCUUAGGUACGAGAAUGUUGAACCUUUCAAAAGGUUCAUCUUUGGAAAUUCACUCAUUGAUAUCGGCUUCAAAGGAAACCCCUUCACUUGGUCAAAUAAACGAACUGGUCCAAAUUUGGUAAGAGUGAGAUUGGAUAGGGUGUUGUGCUCGCCAUCUUGGAGAGCAGAGUUUGGAGAGGCUGUGGUAUUCCAUGAAAAAAUGGUGGUUUCAGAUCAUUGUCCAAUAAGAAUUGAUCUCCACUAUAGGGGUAGCAGGAGAAGAAGAACACCGUUUAGAGUGGACGAAAGAUGGCUGGAGAAAGAGGAAUGCAAGGAGAUUGUUUGCAGAGAAUGUGACCCAGGUGCGUCUUCUAGUGAACAGUUGAGAAACUGCAAGAGAGAAUUGAAAGCUUGGUCAAAAGACUUCCAUAAGAACAGCAUUCUCAGGGAUAAUGAAAUUGUUUCCAAACUUGAGAUUCUCCAACAACCUCCUCGGAUGAAUGAAAAUGUCGAGGAAGAAAAGAGCCUUACUGCGGAACUUAACAAAUUAUGGCUAGAGGAGGAAGCUUUUUAGAGUCAAUUGGCUACAAAAAGGUGACCAAAACACUUCCUUCAUCCACUCAAGUACUAUCCAUAGGAAAAAUAAAAAUAGAGUCCUUCAUCUUAAAGAUGAGAGGGGGAAUUGGGUGGAAGAUGAGACAAGGUUGAAGGAUAUGUCGGAUGGAUUCUAUAAAGAGCUGUUCAAAGCAAGACCUUCUGUGUCCUUUACCCACCUCCUCCAAGGAUUUCCAACGAUGGUAACUGAAGAGAUGAAUGAGGAUCUUUGUGCUGCAGUAAGCAAUGAAGAAAUCAGGAAAGCAGUUUUCUCGCUUGGUGCCAGGAAAGCUCCGGGUCCAGAUGGGUUCUCAGGAAAAUUCUAUAGGAGGUAUUGGGAUAAGGUUGGUGAAACUCUUUGCAGAGAAGUUAAGGAAUUCUUUGAGACGUCAACUAUGCCCGAAGGAUGGAACAAAACUCAUAUUGCAAUGGUUCCAAGGGUUGACCAUCCGGAAAUGAUUGGCCAGUUUCGACCCAUUAGCUGUUGCAAUUUUAGAUAUAAAAUCAUAUAAAAAUUAAUGGCUACCCGUCUUAAGAGAUGGAUCCCUUUGUUGGUCUCAGAGCUUCAGACAGCAUUCACGGGCGGUUGCCUCAUCCAAGACAAUAUCAUUAUUGUCCAUGAAGUUCUUCAUCAUUUCAAGAACCACAAACUCGGUAACAGAAGGGAUAUGAUGCUUAAACUUGAUAUGAAGAAGGCUUAUGACAUGGUCGAUUGGGAAUGCCUUGAGACCCUCAUUAGGAGAUAUGGGUUCGAUGAGAAGUGGUGCAAAUGGGUUAGCACCUGUAUACGAUCGGUCAGUUUCUCGGUACUGUUCAACGGAGAAGCGCCAGGAAGCUUCUGUCCCUCGAGAGGCAUUAGAAAGGGAGAUCCUCUUUCCCCUUUUAUUUUCAUCUUAAUGUCUAAUGCCCUCACUUUCCUUAUUGAUAAAGCAGUAGCAGAAGA